AUGGCGAGAGCCACCGCGCCGUCCCGGAGGCCGCCGAACGCCGUGGCAGCACCCUCGCCGCCCGCCGCCGCCGCUCCCGUGCGCGUCCCGCAGCGCCGCGGCAGCCUCGCCACCGCCCGCGGCGCCUUGUCUCACCCGCCGAAGGGCGGCACCCCGUCCGCCGCUCCCCACCCAGCGCCGCCGCGGAGGCGGGCUCCGUCGUGCGCGUGCUCGCCCACGACGCACCCGGGGUCCUUCCGCUGCGCCCUGCACAGGGGCCAGCCGGCGGCCUCGUUGGCGGCUUCGACGCAUACGCAGGCGCCGGUGUCGAGCAGGCUGAGCGCCCCGCGGCGCGCGUCGAUGGCGAACCCGCUGGUGCGCAUCGCGGCGGUGGAGGGCGGCGACCAGAUCAGGCGCGCGCUGGCGUCCCUCGUCCGCCCGCCGCCGUCGUCCUCGCAGCAGCACCGUCGCCGCGGCGACGCGUUCCGCCGGCGGCCCAGCCGCCUCUCCGCCGCAUCCUCGGCGGCCGACGACGAGCCAACGAUCGCCUCGCCCUGA